AUGCCGUUUGGCUGCGUGACGCUGGGAGACAAGAAAGAUUAUAACCAGCCGUCUGAGGUGACCGACAGAUAUGACCUGGGCCAGGUCAUCAAAACGGAGGAGUUCUGUGAAAUCUUCCGGGCCAAGGAGAAGACGACAGGGAAGUUGUACACCUGCAAGAAGUUUCUGAAGCGGGAUGGGCGGAAAGUGCGGAAGGCAGCCAAAAACGAGAUCAUCAUCCUCAAAAUGGUGAAGCACCCCAACAUCCUCCAGCUGGUGGAUGUCUACAUCACCCGCAAGGAAUAUUUCAUCUUCCUGGAGCUGGCCACUGGCCGGGAGGUCUUCGACUGGAUCCUGGACCAGGGCUACUACUCAGAGAAGGACACCAGCAAUGUCAUCCGGCAGGUGCUGGAGGCUGUUGCCUACCUGCACUCACUCAAGAUUGUCCACAGAAACCUCAAGCUGGAGAACCUGGUGUACUAUAAUCGCCUGAAGAACUCCAAGAUCGUCAUCAGUGACUUCCACCUGGCCAAGCUGGAGAACGGGCUCAUUAAGGAGCCCUGUGGCACCCCUGAGUACCUGGCUCCGGAGGUGGUGGGGCGGCAGCGGUACGGGCGGCCGGUGGACUGCUGGGCCAUCGGCGUCAUCAUGUACAUCCUCCUCUCGGGAAACCCCCCUUUCUACGAGGAGGCAGACGAGGAUGACUAUGAGAACCACGACAAGAACCUCUUCCGCAAAAUCCUGGCUGGGGACUAUGAGUUCGACCCGCCGUACUGGGAUGACAUCUCGCAAGCGGCUAAGGAGCUGGUGACACGCCUGAUGGAGGUGGAGCAGGACCAGAGGAUCACAGCAGAGGAGGCCAUCUCCCAUGAGUGGAUCUCUGGGAAUGCUGCCUCUGACAAGAACAUCAAGGAUGGUGUCUGUGCCCAGAUCGAGAAGAACUUCGCCCGGGCCAAGUGGAAGAAAGCCGUGCGAGUGACCACGCUCAUGAAACGCCUGCGGGCGCCAGAGCAGACGGAGACGGCGGCAGCCCCGGCCCCGGCAGCGACCCCGGCCCCGGCAGCGGCUCCGGCCCCCGCUGCAACUCCAGCCCCGGCAGCGACCACGGCUCCGGCAGCGACCGCAGCCCCCGGCACGCCGCCCGCCGCCGCGCAGCCCCCGGCCCCCGGCACACCGCCCGCCACCACAUGUAACGAGGUCGGGGCCGCCGCCGAGCCCCCCAGCGAGCAGAGCGGCUGA